AUGGAAACUGAGUCAAUGGAAUAUCGAUAUCUUGGUAUAUCAGGCUUAAAAGUUUCAGUGCUCGGUUUCGGGAAUAUGACCAGUAGUUGAGCAGAAGGUUCUGAGGAUUGAAAUUUCAAUUGCACAGAUAAAUGCAUAAGAAAUGGAGUCAAUUUUUUUGAUACUGCUGAGAUUUAUGGCCUUGGAGUUGCUGAAACAAUUCUUGGCAAAAAUAUAAAGCAAGGAGGGUACGAUAGAGAUGAUCUUAUUAUCACUACAAAGCUGAAUCCAUCUGGAUUCGGAAUUCAAGGACUUAGUCGUAAAAGGAUGAGACAAGCAAUUGAUAAUUCCUUAGAAAGAAUGCAGCUUGAUUAUGUUGAUGUCUUAUACAUUCAUAAAUUUGAUCCAGAAGUCCCACUUGAAGAGUCUAUAAGAGUUAUUAACGAAAUCAUAGAUAAUGAUAAAGCGUUUUAUUGAGGCACCUCUGAUUUUACACCUCAGCAAAUUUCUGAAUGUUUUGCAAUUUGCGAAAAGCAUGGAUGGAUUCCUCCAAUUGUGGAGCAGUGUGAAUAUCAUAUGUUUGAUAGAGGAACGUUUGAAAGAGAUUAUGCUCCUGUAUUUGACCAAUACGGGCUAGGGACUACAGUUUGGUCUCCUUUAUGUCAAGGAUUUUUGUCUGGAAGAUAUAAUGAUGGAAAUAUUCCUGAAGGAAGACUAAUAAAUAGUCCAUUUCUUGAUUAUUUUAAGGAAUGUUAUGAUAAAUAUAUUGGAAGCAGAAAAGAAGCAGCUAUUAGGACUUUGACUGGGUUAAAAACUGUAGCAGACGAAUUAGGCUGCUCUCAAGCACAAUUAGCAAUAGCAUGGGUAAUUAAAAACCCUGAUGUGUCUACUGCAAUUAUGGGUGCUAGCUCGCCUAGACACCUUGAUGAUAACCUUGGUGCAGUUGAUGCCAUGAAAAAAUUGACACCAGAAAUUCUUGCAAGAAUUGAAGAUCUUCUUGGUAAUAGGCCAACACCAUCAAUGAACUGAAGAAAUUUCACGCCAAAUACUCCAAGAAGAUAA